AAAAAAAAAAAAAAAACCUAAUUUUCACAAAAUACAAUUUCAUUUCACGCUUCUCUAUCCCUGGCCAUUUUGAAACCCUAGCAGAGCUCUCCCCUCCCAUUUCGAAACCCAGCAGAGCCGCCCCAGCCACAAUUUCGAAAGACUAUCGACCGCCCACCGUCCACCGCCCCUCUUUCUCUUUUGUGUCGUCCACUACCGUUGGCGGCCCACCGUUCACCACCCUUCUCUUUCUCACGUUUUCUGAAGCAUUUGGUAAGCUCUAUGGACAACCCAAGCACAAUAUAAAUAAUGGCGGAGUUGAACAGUCACGAUCACGUGGUGGUAGCAUUCACGAGAACUGCAUAAAUUGUUGCUGCAAUGUCCUCUUUUUGCGAAUAUCUAGCUCCGCUCCUGCAUUUAUCAAAGCCGGAUAUUGUAUCGCAAAAAGAGAAGAUUGAUUUUAUUUUAAUGUUGGUUUGGUGAUUUGAUGCACAUGCACUUAUCAUUUGAUAGCCAUCUUUAUAUAUCAAGGAGUGCUCAUAAGCUACAAAAUUUACUUACAAUAUGAGCUUAUAUUUCCUAUGCAUAUAUGAACUUUAGAUACCCUCAGUAUAACCUUUAUUAUUUUCCAUUCUUAGUUUUAUUAAUACACUUCAUAGUUAGAUCUGCAUUUUUAUUUUUUGGUGUUUAAAUAAAUGUUUAUAUUGUUUAUCUGAUAUUGUAUUAUUUUUCAUGAAAGGAUUGAUUUGAUAUUGUAUUUAUUUUUUGGUCGGAAUUGUUUGGUUUCAGAUUUUUUUUUUUUUUUUAAAAAAUACUUUUGCUUCAGUUUAUAACCGAAGCAAAAAACAAUUAGCGUUACUGCAUAGGUUUUUGCUUCGGUUAUGAACUGAAGCAGAAACCUUUUUGUUUUAGCUUCUGUUAUGAACCGAAGCAAAAAACCAAUUAGCGUCAACUGAAGCAAAAAAAUCAGUAUUUGCGUUUAUGGUUAUAACGUCGGUUACACCAACUGAAGCAAAUACUUUAUAUGUCACUUAAAAACUGAAGCAAAAUGUCCUUUUUGUAGUAGUGUUAGCUGGGGAUUCAUUUUACUAUGGGCUCAACAGUGAGGUAAUAUCCACCUCUUGCUAACACAACAGUUUCAUUUCUCAGGAAAGCUCACCCGACAGGAAGAACAACCAAGCCUAGCCGCCUCUGCUCUUCAUCUCCUUCCUUCCAUCAACCAAUUCUUGCUAAAUCAGCUUGGACAAUCAACAUCUCUCCAAAACUUAGCUUGGUAAAGCCCUAGCCUAAGCAAUCUAAGCCUAAGCAAGGCGCCGCCUGGGGCACUUCUCUUCGCUCUGUCUACACUUUUGACAUCGUCGAAGCAUUUUGGUGUCAGCUUUAGGCUUAUUUUGUUGAAUGUGGGCCGUGUGCUGUGAUUGGAAACACUUUUGAGGUUUAAUACUAAUUCCUCAAGGGCAAGAUUGUAGAGUAGAGGGCCGCCUCUCGCACACAAAGUGAGUUAAUUGCUUCUCUGAAGGUCUCACACUCUGAGAUUACGGCCUUGCCUUCUUCUUCUUCUUCUUCGCCCCUCUACCACCUGAAGCUGCUCAGACAGACCUCAACUCCUCCUUUGGCUGAAAUGGCUUUGGUUGUAAUAUGUGGCCAACCCUGUAGUGGAAAAUCCACAGCUGCUCUUUCUCUCUCCGAGGCUCUCAAACAAUCAGAAUCAGAUUCCAAUCUUACGGUAAAGGUAAUCUCUGAGACUUCCUUUCAUCUCGAUCGAAAUCAAAGUUAUGCAAACAUGCCUAAUGAGAAGAAUUUGAGGGGUGUUCUUAGGUCUGAAGUAGAUAGGUCUUUGACCAAAGACAAUAUUGUUAUAGUAGAUUCAUUGAAUAGUAUCAAGGGUUAUAGGUAUGAGCUCUGGUGCUUGGCCAGAGCCGCCGGGAUUAGAUAUUGUGUUCUGUUCUGUGAUGUUGAGAAAACCCUUUGUAGAAAAUGGAACGAAGAGCGCAGAGAAAAGGGUCAACCUUCUUAUGACGAUAAGAUAUUCGAUGAUUUGUCUUCUAGGUUUGAAACACCUGAUAGAAGGAACCGUUGGGACUCUCCUUUGUUUGAGCUAUGUCCUCACAAAGAUGGUGUUGACAAGUCUUCAACUGCCAUAAUUGAGGCUGUUUUGCACUUGACCAAAAAGAUUGAUUCCAAAACAAGGGAUGUUAAGGUUCUGCAGCCCACCAUUGCUACUCAGACUGGGAAGUUUUCCGAGGCCAAUUCUCUGUAUGAGUUGGAUAGAGCAACGCAGGAGGUGACCAGUGCCUUGGUGGAGGCUCAGUCUCAGGCUCUUGGAGGGCCUUUGAAUGGAGUUUCUCUCGGUCAAGGUUUGCCUGUUGUCAACAUAUCAAGGCCUGUUGGCUUGCCUGAGCUUCGCAGGCUCAGGCGAACUUUUAUUAAGUUGACGGGGCAAACGAGUUUGAGUGGGCCACCACCGCCUUCUGAUGCAGACAGUGCCAAAAGAAUGUUUGUAGAUUACUUGAACAGGGAACUAGGAAGCAAUUGAAGGGAGCAAGAGAAAUAAAUAUAAGCUGAAGAACGAUGAUGUGCUGUAGGCUUAUUUCUUCAUUUUCCCAUUCAACUAGUUUGAGAAUUUAAUAGGAAUUUUGUAUUUUUACUCAAGUGAUUCUAUUUAUAUGAGUGAUGCCUUUUGAAUGAGGUUUAUUAUGUUGAUUGUCCAGUGAUUGUAAACAAUUUUAUUAUUGCUUUAAUUUCUUUAUUUUGAUGUG